AAAAUUAUCAAUAGGUUCGAGCCUAAAUAAAUACAUAUUUAUCGCAAAAUCCUUACAUCGGACCGUGUGAGUUAGGUCGGGUCGAUUCCGAAUAAACAAACACGUCACCCUCGCAUGAUCCUUGUUUGCGGAUUGUGUUAUUCAUAGUUCGUUUUAUUUCAGAUUAGUUUUACAAUAGGGUUUUUGUUUAUGCAUUGGUGUUACUUAUCGUGUUACUAUUAGCUUAUCGGAAGUUCGCUUACUCAACAUAUUCUAAGGUGGUAUUAGAUUAUGAGAAACACAUGUUUGUAUAUAUUCUACGAUUUAAAAUAAAGGGAGUUGAGUUUUGAGACACGUGAGAGAACGGUCAUUGUCUCUUGUUUUUUGUAGUAAGGAAAUUCCAGUGCGCGUUUUGUCGUCGUCGGUUCAGUAUCGUCGGUUCUGUUGUUCUCUUGUAAGAUAAAGAUUUUUGGCGUUGUGAGCUAAACACUUCCUCCCCCCAAGGACUAUUGUUGCUGCUGCUGCUGUGUUUCAUCAUAAGGGACGAUAGUCUGUGCUAUAUUGCGAGUGGAUGGUAGCAGAGGUUUUGAGUUUUAUAGUGAGCUGUCACAAUCGAAAACGAAGUUACUAUCCCCCGAUAACAUCGAGUUCAAAGCUAAGCAGAAUAAAGUGUUAUUUUUUGCGAUAGCAAUUUAGCUCAAAUUUUGAUGGAAAUAGUUCCGGAGUCAUGUCGACUGUGUCUGUCUUCCGAUGGGCCAACCUUUCCCAUAUACGAGCGAUUGAGCCUAAUAGAAAUUACCGAGCUUCUCCAAGAUAUACUGGGUAUACAAAUAAACUAUUCGGAGGAACAUAUCAAUAUUUGUAACGGAUGCGAAGUGAAAGCAAAACUUAUGUACAGCAUUGUGUUCGAAUUUCGACAGUCCGACAAACUGUUCUGUUUUUUUCUAGAACAGAAGAGGGCAAUUGAAGGAAUACCGCUUAUAGAGGAAGCGAAACAUACCAUCAGCAUAGUGGCAACAGAUGUUAAUAUUUCCCCAUCAUCCACCGAGCAUGGAAAUGUUGAACAUGGAACCGAGCAUAACAUUAAAGAGGCUAUUCAUUUCUAUGCCGGAGACGAGGGUGAUGAAGAUCCUGAGUAUGCUGAGGAUUUUCUCGAAGUUCGGGACUAUUCUAGCGAUGAUGACAAACUCGGUGAACCGAAAUUACUGUUAUGCUUUAUUUGCAAAGGAUUCAAUGGAAACGAAGAAACACUUCAUAUUCAUUUGAAGGAACAACAUGGAUCCGUAGCUCCAUACUAUUGUCACAAAUGUUUAGUUAGACUGGAAGAUGUUGUGUCUAUCAACUAUCACUAUCGAUCCCAUGAAUUUCCCUUUGGAUGUCUGUACUGUGAAGAGGCUUUCACGACGGAAGCUGAAUUGUUAACUCAUCAGGAGUAUUGUAUUGGGUAUUACUGCUCUCACUGUACCAAUCAAUUCCACUUUCUGCAUUCCUUCAAAGAGCAUGAAUGCAAAGCCAGUAAAUCGGCCCGAAUGCGUAAUGUGAACGCAAUGAUUGGGUCUCGUCGGGACCAAUCAAGGUUUAUACCACAAGUAUGCGCGAUAUGUAGCGAAGAUUUGGGAAACAAUAAUCGCCUGGCUCAACAUUUCGAACGAGAGCAUGAGGACUUCCCAGUGCAUCUAUACAAAUGCGAUAUUUGUCCACAAAAAUUUACUGAGCUGCUUGCAGUUAGGUUCCAUCGGUUGUCACACAAAAAGGACAGUACCGUCAAACAACGAAAAAUAUCAGCCGUUGAACGAAAUGAUUGCACUAUCUGCUCGCAGGUCUUCAAGUUUAACAAAGAGCUGCUGGCACAUAUAGAAGCUGAACAUGCCGAUUCAGGUCUGGAGUUUCACCAGUGUCUCAAUUGUAUUGAAAAGUUCACAUCGGAAGCAGAACUUUUGAAACACGAUUACAACACCCAUCAAGGCAAACAACCACAAUAUUCCUGCUCUUUUUGUGGGCGAGUGUUCAGCGAACGUCUUGGCUUGCGGGGCCAUGAAAAUAUUCAUCGAGGAAUCAAGGAGUACCACUGCAAAGACUGCAAUAAAGAUUUCACCUACAAAAGUACCUAUAAACGUCAUAUGAAAGUGGUACAUACGGACACGAAACAAUUCACCUGUGAAUAUUGCCAUAAGAGUUUCAAACGCAAACCAACUCUCAAAGUGCAUCUAAGAUUGCACACUGGUGAGAAACCCUAUCAAUGUGAGUAUUGCAGUCGAAGAUUUGUGGAUCCCAGUUCGUUCCAUAGGCACAAGCAAAAAGAGCACGGAUGGAAAUCAAUUAACUAUUAGAUACUAUAUAAACAAAUUACUAUAAUUAGCAGUUGUCUGAAUCAUGUGAA